AUGAAACUUUUAAACCGAAUCAAAAAUUCACCUGAAAUAGUUGAAAAUGAAUGCGAUAGAAAUAUAGAUGGAGAAAACAUUCAAAUUGAAGGUUCAAUUAGUAACAAAACUAAGAAUGGCAAAAUAUCAAAAGAAGAAUACACUCAACGAAAAUUAAAAUCACGUCACAUUCAGUUAAUAGGUAUAGGAGGAACAAUAGGAACAACAUUAUUUGUCCAAAUCGGUCAAUCUUUAGUGAAAGGUGGGCCAGGCUCACUUUUGUUAGCCUUUAUUGCUUGGUGCAUACCCAUUCUUUGCGUAACAAGCUCCACUGCAGAAAUGGUAUCUUAUCUUCCAAUACCCUCUCCCUUUAUUCGAUUAGCCGGAAGAUGUGUUGAUGAAGCAUUUGAAGUAAUGACUGGAUGGAACUUUUUUUUGCUAGAAGCAAUUAUGAUACCCUUUGAAAUAACUGCAGUCAAUGUCAUUCUUCAUUUUUGGUUUAAAGAUUAUUCUUUAGUGAUUCCUAUGGUAAUUCAAAUUGUGCUUUAUGCAGCAAUAAAUGUUUUUGCCGUUCACUGGUAUGGUGAAAGCGAAUAUUGGAUGUCUAUCGGAAAAGUCUUGUUGGCUAUCGGUUUGAUAUUUUUUACUUUCAUAACAAUGGUUGGUGGAAAUCCCCAACAUGAUGCUUAUGGCUUUCGAUAUUGGAAAGAACCAGGUGCUUUUCAAGAGUAUAUUUCAACAGGAUCAUGGGGCAGAUUCUUAGGGUUUUUUGCAUGCUUAACACAAGCCGCCUUUACUAUGGCGGGACCAGAAUAUGUAUCAAUGGCUGCGGGUGAAGCAGAAAAUCCCAGAAAAGUUAUGCCAAAAGCUUUCAAAGCUGUCUUUUAUAGAUUGAUAACUUUUUUUAUUAUCGGAGCACUUUCUGUAGGAAUUAUUUGUCCAGCUAAUGAUCCUAACUUAAUUAGUGCUAUUUCAAAUGGGCAUCCGGGUGCUGCCGCUUCACCCUACGUUAUUGCAAUGACGCGUCUUAAGAUUAGAGUGCUACCUCAUAUUGUUAAUGCCUUGAUUUUAACAUCAGCCUUCUCUGCUGGUAAUUCUUAUUGUUAUUGCUCAUCUAGAACAAUAUAUGGAUUGGCACUGCAAGGCCACGCACCAAAGAUUUUGUCUUAUUGUACUAAAAGUGGUGUCCCAAUAGUUGCAGUUGGUGUCUCUUUAUGUUUCGGUUUUCUUUCAUUCUUGCAACUUGGUAAAGGCGCCCAAGCCGUACUCAACUGGAUGGUUAAUAUUGUUACGGUUUCACAAUUAUUAAAUUUCAGCACUUUAUGUGUGACCUAUAUUUGUUUCUUCCAUGCACUUAAAGCCCAAAAUAUAGAUAGAAAUUCUUUGCCAUAUUGUGGAUACCUCCAGCCUUAUCUGGCAUAUGUUGGACUCGUUUGCACUCUUACGAUGACUUUUCUAGCCGGAUAUCCUGUUUUUGUUAAUUGGGAUGUUACGACAUUUAUAUUUUCUUAUAUUAUGAUUCCAAUUUGUGUCAUCAUUUUUUUGGUUUGGAAAGUUUUUAAAAAAACUAGUUUCAGAAAAUCAAUAGAUAUUGACUUGACAACGGGACUAAAAGAAAUUCAAGAGCAUAUUGAUUCAUUUAUUCCCAGUCAAAAACCACAAACUUGGUAUCAAAGAUUCCUGGCAGUUAUAUUUGGCAGCUGA